GUUUGGUGGCAAACAAAGAGAAAUGCUGUGCACUAACAUUGCCAUGUGAUCCUCUCUGGCCACGCUGAAUGCAGUGUGUUCAGCUUUGCAGCCUCCGCAGCAUCUAUCAGGAUGUAUAGCUUUAUGGGAGGAGGCCUAUUCUGCGCCAUUGUGGGGAACAUCCUCCUGGUGGUCUCCACGGCCACCGACUACUGGAUGCAGUACCGCCUUUCUGGCAGCUUCGCUCACCAGGGCCUGUGGCGCUACUGCAUGUCCGGCAAGUGCUACAUGCAGACAGAUAGCAUUGGUAAGUCACAUGCUAAUCAGGUCAUCAGAGCUAAUGGUGACUUCUCAGUUGGAAAAUUAGCGUACUUGCUAAUCUACUGUCUUCUCUUUCCUCUUUCUCUCCCCUCAGCAUACUGGAAUGCCACAAGGGCCUUCAUGAUUCUGUCCGCGAUGUCGUGUUUCGCAGGAAUCAUCGCCGGCAUCCUCUCCUUCGCUCACUUCUCCGCUUUUGAGAGGUUCAACCGUUCCUUUGCCGCAGGGAUCAUGUUUUUCGUUUCAACUCUCUUUGUUCUGCUUGCGAUGGCUAUCUACACCGGGGUGACGGUGAACUUCUUGGGAAAGCGUUUUGGUGACUGGCGUUUCUCCUGGUCCUACAUACUAGGCUGGGUUGCCCUGCUCAUGACCUUCUUUGCAGGUAUAUUUUACAUGUGCGCCUACAGGAUGCAUGAGUGCAGGCGAGUGGCCGGUCCGCGCUAG